AUGCCACUCCCAGAUCCGCAACCGAAAGCUCUCUUCUUCGAUGUCUUUGGGACGUGUGUCGAUUGGCGCAAGACUGUGACGAAUGCGUUGUGGAAUGCAGCGAAGGAGGCUCUCGAUUCGCCGUCCGCCUCGCUGAGCAGUCAGGUUCGGUCGAAGGCAUCGAACAUGACCUACGAGGACUGGGGCGAAGUCGCCCAAGACUGGCGCAACACCUACCUCGUCUUCACGCGCUCCAUCGCCGCGGACCCAACCAUCCCCUACAAAACCGUCGACCAGCACCACCUCCACGCGCUCCGCGAAAUCCUCACAACCCGCGAACUGAUCCUCCCAGGCCCGCAAAACAACUCCAGUACCCCCGCCGAAGGCUCCCUCCUCACCGACCACCAAAUCGUCAAACUAAGUCUCAUCUGGCACUACCUCGAACCCUGGCCCGACACCGUCCAAGGAAUCCGCGAACUGAACAAGAACUUCACAACCUGCACCCUCUCCAACGGCAACGUGUCCCUCCUCACCGACAUGACGACGCACGGCCACAUGCCCUUCACGCACAUCUUCUCCUCGGAGAUGUUCAAGUCCUACAAACCCUCGCCCAAAGUCUACCUGGGUGCGGUGGAGAAGUUGGGUCUGAAGCCCGAGGAGUGCAUGAUGGUCGCGGCGCAUCUGGAUGAUUUGAAGCAUGCGAGGGAGUAUGGGUUGCGGACUUGUUAUGUCGCGAGGCCGAGGGAGGAGCGGUAUCCGGAGUUGCUGGGGCAGGGGAUUGAGGAGGUUUUUGUCGGGGAGGGGGAGGUGGGGUUCGUGACGGCGGCGGAGAGGUUGGGGGUUGAGGUUGGGAGUUGA